UGUGUAAUUAAAAAAUGUUAGAAUAAAAAGGAAGUGAAGAGAAUCGAUGAAAGUGAGAGUAAGAUGCAAUUCCACUGCUCUCAUUCUCACCACAAACACAAACACAAACACUUGCAGUUGAAGGUCACUCUCACUCUCAACUUUAUUUCCCUUUUCGAUAAUAAUACUAAUUAUUGGAUCGAUCUCUCUUGAGGGAUUAGAUCUGAUGAAUUAAUUCGAUAUCUGAGGCUUCGUAGGAAAUUGGAAACAAGAGAGAAGGAAAGUAAUCGAUCCAUGGCGUCUGCUAGCCUCGGAAGUGGUGGGGUCGGCAGUUCCAGGUCUGUUAAUGGCGCCUUCAGGGGCUCUUCCAGUUCCGUCGAUUGGCUUGGCAGAGAGAUGCUUGAGAUGAGGUUGAGAGACCAUGACCAUGACCAUGACCAUGACCAUGACCAUGACCAUGAAGACGAUAGAGAUAGUGAGCCUGACAUCAUUGAUGGUGUGGGUGCCGAGACAGGGCACGUGAUAAGAACCAGCAUUGGUGGUCGAAAUGGUCAAUCUAAGCAGAAUGUUAGUUAUAUUGCCGAACAUGUGGUGGGAACAGGCUCUUUUGGUGUUGUUUUUCAAGCUAAAUGUAGAGAAACAGGAGAGAUUGUGGCCAUCAAGAAGGUUCUCCAGGACAAGCGCUACAAAAAUAGAGAGUUACAGAUUAUGCAAAUGCUGGAUCAUCCAAAUAUUGUUGCCCUAAGGCAUUGUUUCUUUUCAACGACUGACAAGGAAGAGGUUUACUUGAAUCUUGUACUUGAAUAUGUUCCUGAAACUGUGAAUCGCAUCGCAAGGAGCUAUAGCAGGAUUAACCAGCGGAUGCCUUUAAUAUAUGUAAAGCUUUAUACCUACCAGAUUUGCAGGGCCCUUGCUUAUAUACAUAACUGCAUUGGUAUAUGUCACCGUGACAUCAAGCCUCAGAACCUACUUGUGAACCCACACACUCAUCAGCUGAAACUAUGUGAUUUUGGGAGUGCAAAAGUGCUGGUGAAAGGAGAACCCAAUGUUUCUUACAUCUGUUCAAGAUACUACCGAGCUCCGGAACUUAUAUUUGGGGCCACCGAAUAUACAACUGCUAUAGAUAUAUGGUCAACUGGUUGUGUAAUGGCUGAAUUACUUCUUGGACAGCCCUUGUUUCCUGGAGAGAGUGGAGUUGAUCAGCUAGUUGAAAUCAUCAAGGUUUUGGGAACUCCGACCAGGGAGGAGAUAAAGUGCAUGAACCCAAAUUAUACAGAAUUUAAGUUUCCGCAGAUAAAACCACAUCCAUGGCACAAGGUCUUUCAGAAGCGUUUACCCCCAGAAGCAGUGGACCUUGUUUGUCGGUUUUUUCAGUACUCUCCCAAUUUGAGAUGCACCGCAGUGGAAGCUUGCAUUCAUCCAUUUUUUGAUGAAUUGAGGGACCCAAACACUCGCCUUCCUAAUGGUCGACCACUUCCACCUCUGUUUAAUUUUAAACCUCAAGAACUUUCUGGUAUACCCCCCGAUGUCAUCAAUCGGCUUAUUCCAGAGCAUGCGCGUAAACAGAACUUAUUUAUGGCUUUGCACACCUAGCAAUUUUCCCCCCUAAGUUGUCUUCACUUACUAGCAGGCUGUAAAUUAUCCGGUGCAUCCGAGAAAAACUCCACAGAAAGAGUUCCUAGGAUUAUAUUAUAUAUUAUAUAAUAUGAAAAGUCUUUUAUUUUCCCUUUUUGAAUUUAUUGUCAAAGGAGUUGUUUUCUAUUCUUGUUCAGAAGACAACGUUUUCAUGUAUAUUUAUGUCAUGUGCCGCUGGUUAUUCUGGUCUCCCUCUGUUGCAACUUAUAAGACCUGAUUGUGUUAGAUUAGGUAAUAUAAGACAUGAUAGUAUAGUGUAAUUUAUACGUUGUAUUGGCUUUUAUGCGAUACAUCGUUUGAUGCGUCACGUAUGUUUGAAUAAUUUUAACCAUUUUAGUA